AUGAACAAAAUUAAUGAAUCUGUAUUUCAAAAGCCAAGGGCACAAGAUGAUAAAGGCUUGGAAGAGGAAGCAAAAUCCUUGUUGGUCAAAAUCCUGGACAAUGGGAAGGCCGUGAUCCUUGGAACAGAGUAUUUCAACGGACAAUUAUUAGAUUCAAGUGUCGCCCCAGCGGUAUUGAUACACGGAGACGAGGGAGCGGGCGUCAUCCACUCGCGCCUUGCCGGGAGCGGCAUUGAUAUCCUCAUAACAGGCCCCAAAACGGGGAGUGGCCAAAGAAUUCUCGUUCUGAACGAUGGAAGUACUGGCCUCGUGUUUAGAAACGUAUUACUACGACGUUUCCUUUCCCGCGGCGCCUGA